AUGAAGGCAAUCACAGUUUUGGCCGCUGCCUCAUCCCUUUCAGGCUUUGCUUCUGCAUUACCUUACAUGGGUCCUGGACCUUUGGUGGAGAUGAGAGAGCAGGGCUCCACCCAUAACGAUACCAAGUGGACUGACUUAAGAGGAAAGAUCAAAUACGUGGUUUAUCUCAUGAUGGAGAACCACAGCUUUGACAACAUCGCUGGAUACUGGGAUUUCCAUCCUGACAUCGAUAAUAUCCUCAAUCUAAAAACUAAAUACUGCAAUGAGUACACAAAUCCUAAUUGGACUGUCUGGAACGAAGCUAUCGAUAUCUGCGCUGGCCCUUACGAAGAUGAAGUUCCUCUUAAGGAUCCCGACCACAACUUCGCCGGUACUUCGUACGAGAUCUACAGAAACUGGUUUCCUUCCAAGGACGAUCAACCCAACAUGGGAGGUUUCAUCGAGCGUCAAUCUGAGAAGUACAGCGAGACUCCUGGCGACGCUUCGUUUGUCAUCAAGGCCUACACUCAAGAAAAGUCCCAAGUCCUUGCCACGCUUGGCCAGAACUUUGCUUUCUGGGAUUCAUACCAUGCCGAGCAUCCCGGACCCACCAACCCCAACCGUCAGUUCGCGACAUCAGGCUCGACUUGCGGUAUGGUGGACAACGGUGACCAAGCUGGUGGUUGGUUCAACAACGUCACCGGAACUGAUUGUGCCACUUCCAUCUUCGAGUCCUUGUCCAACAAGAACAUCAGCUGGAAAAACUACUACGAGUCUGAUAUCCUCGAUGGUUUCAUGUACAAGUGGGUCCAGGAGAAUGCCAUGGACAAGCUUGUCCACGCAGAUGAAUUCUACGCCGAUCUUGAGAAUGGCACUCUGCCUACAUUCAGCUACAUCAACCCUGAGUGCUGCACUAUCGACUCGAUGCACCCCACCAGCAACAUGGCAGCAGGUGAACAGCUCAUCAAGCAUCUGUACGAUGCUGUAAGAAGGUCAAAGUACUGGAAUGAAACCCUGAUUAUCAUCAACUUUGACGAACAUGGCGGAUUCGCCGACCACGUUCCUCCUCCCUACAACAUUCCCGCUCCCGAGGACGGCAUAACCUUCAGCGGCCUAAGCGACGCUCACAACGUAACCUACGACUUCACUCGCCUCGGAGUGCGCGUCCCCGCUUUGGCCAUCUCCCCCUGGAUCGCCCCCAACACUCUAAUCCACGACCAAGGCACUUCGUACGCGCCCGAUUCUGCCUACACACAUACCUCCUUCCUGCACUUCCUGCAGGAACUCUGGCAACUCGAAGGUCUGAACAAUCGCGUGCAGUGGGCAAAGACGUUCGAGCACGUGUUCCAGGAUACUCUGCGUACUGAUGUGUUGGAGAAGUUGCCGACGCCGGUGUGGGUUGGUGGCGGUGGACAGCCGGAGCCUGCGCCGUUUUACAAGUUGAAUCAGCCGUACAGUUAUUAUGAGGAGUUGGACGAUUGA